CUGUUCUAAGACGUACCCCCCUCCCACGGUGAUCUAGAGGCGGUUUUCGUGUUGGUGUGUUUGUCCUUCGCUAUGCCUCCUUGCUCAGGGAUCCUCCACACGUAGCGACGGCGGGAUUUGUGGAAUAUGAUAUCUGAUCAACAGAGUUCCCGGUCCCGCAUCUAGCUGUGGGCUUACCUCAAAACAAAGCACAUCCAUAUGGGCCUUAUAUAGUCCUGGUUGUACUUUCCUUUGUUACAUUUUUCUGAGACGUAAUAUUGUGUUACCUCUGCCAGAAUCUUUUCCACUUUCCUGGACUCGAGACCCGGCCUCCAUGUCAAACGACAUAAUCGCUCCUGACAAGGAUCUGCACUUUGUCAAAGACACUUAUAAUCCUGAUGACUGGCAGUCAGAAACGACGUCUGUUACAUCAUCUAUGCAUAGAGGAUUGAUGGAGAAUGGCCGAAGAUACCAAACGCUUAGGGACAAGGGCUCACACGUGCCAUCCGAUGAGCAGAUGUUUGAGACCUACGAAGCUUUACAUCUUCUUGCUUCUUUUAUGGACUCUGAUAAGGAGAACCCGCUUUUUCAGUCACCAGUGGUGAACCCAAAGCACAUUCUGGAUAUUGGAACGGGCAAGGGUUCAUGGGCAGUCGACGUCGCCGAUCUGUUUCCUGAAGCAACUGUCCGCGGCGUGGACCUGUUCCCACCCCCCGUCACCUGGAUCCCGCCGAAUUGUUUCUUCGAGAUCGAUGAUAUUCUCCAGUCGUGGUCCUGGCGUGAACCAUUCGACUUGAUCCAUCUGAGACUACUCGAUAUAGCAUUUACCCUGGAGGAGACAGACCACCUUUACAAACAAUGUUACGAUCAUCUCCAACCGGGUGGAUGGAUCGAGCAGCUCGAAAUGAGCAGCUUUAUCGAGUGCGACGAUAACAGCGUGCCCGCGGACAACAUACUAUUUACCUGGGGACCUCGAAUAACGAUGGCAGCUAACAAAGCUGGCCGAUGCUUUGAAAUUAUGGGAACUCUCCAAGAAUCGAUCGAACGAGCGGGAUUCGUGGACAUCCACACGAAAGACUAUAGAUGGCCUAUCGGACCGUGGCCGAAAGAUAAGACACUGAAAGAAGUCGGUGACAUUAACUAUAAACACUGGCUUAUUGGCAUGGAAGGGUAUGGGAUGUGGCUAUUGACCCAUUAUGGGGAUCCGGUGCCGUGGAUGAAGGAAGAGGUGCAGGUGUACGUGGCACAGAUGCGAAGGGAGUUGUCUAAACCUCGGAUCCAUACGUAUCAAAAGGCGAGGAGAAUUUGGGCUAGAAAGUCGGUGGACCAUGAGAGGGUGAAGAUGGAAUCUAGCCCUUGAGAACAAUAUGCACACUUCAGUCAAAUGCUGUUCCACAAAAACGGGUGAAAAAAGCGGAGCCUCGAAUGACCAGGCAUGCGUUCAAUACGCAGCAUACUAUUGACCAAAAUUCAAGCUAUAUUACGUUUUCUCUGGGUCGAUCCUACUCAUUCGACUCUCAGAUUGACGACCAUCGGUUGGCGAGUUUUGGUUUCUCUCUAACGAAAGUAUACUUCACGUGAUGUUCGACCUACCCAGACAGCAAGAUACCGAGGAAAUUGAGUCUGUCGAAGCUCGAAAUACACAGUGGUAAAUUGAGCACUCUUUUGAUCUCAUCUUUAGCGCUGGCUACUUCCGACAAGCGCCGAUUUCUCCAGUAGUGCUGGUAUCUAGCACCGAUCGGGUCUAGUUUGCUAAAAGCCACAGGAGGCAUAUUGGACCUGAUGGAAAAGAUACACCAAAAGCUCAUAGCUCCGGGGAUCUUGGGUAUUUAGUAGAUCUGAAUGUUCUCUGGCUAUGGAAAUCUGCCCGGUGGAGUGUUUCUUAGUGGCCGACGGAGCUUCUCAAUGAUUGACUGGUUC